CCUCGACCUCUUUAAUGUAUUCAGUUGAAAGAAACACAUGUUGUGUAUUGACGGUGAUGUGGUUAAGUUUACAGUGUAUCUUAAAAAUAGUGUAUAAUUGUAUGAAAUUGAUCAUGGAAAGAAGAAUCAAAUUAAAAACAUUAAAUAGUCACAUAACGUGCAAAAUUUGCCGCGGGUAUUUCAUAGAUGCAACAACAGUAACCGAAUGUUUACAUACCUUUUGCAAAAGUUGCUUAGUUAAGCAUUUGGAAGAGAACAACACAUGCCCGACAUGCACCAUUGUCAUACAUCAAUCACAUCCGUUGCAAUAUAUCAGUUUCGAUCGUACAAUGCAAGACAUAGUUUACAAAUUGGUUCCCGAUCUCCAAAAAAAUGAAACAAAUCGUGAACGUGAAUUUUAUAGACUCCGUGGCUUACCGUGUCCAAAAGACAUACCUCCUAAUCCGGGAGAUAUCGUCGAAGAUAAGCCGGCCAGCGAUGUGCACGCAGAAUCGGAUUAUCAUCGGCAAGACGAGCAAGUGAACGUUUGCUUGGAGUGUAUUAGUUCUAAUUUAAAAACUCUUAAACGGAGGUUUAUUCGAUGUUCCGCGCAAACUACAAUACUCCACCUGAAGAAGUUGGUGGCGAAAAAAGUUUUAAAUGGAAUGGAAAAGUAUAGAGAUAUUGAUAUAUUGUGCAAUGAUGAACUGCUAGGAAAGGAUCAUACUUUGAAAUUUGUCUACGUUACCCGAUGGAGGUUUCAGAAUCCACCAUUAAUCCUGCAAUAUCGUCCGCGCAUUGACCUGUAAAUAUACCCAAUGAUUUUGAGGCAGCCCUUUAUUUGUGUUACGUUUUAUUAUUUAUUUUGUUUCUUUUUCUGAGUCUUUGCGUUGAAAGACGCUGUCUCAAAAUUUCUUAUGUAUAGAUUAUGGGUGAUAGUCACUUGGAGAGAGCAUUAUUUAUUUCAUAUUUAUUAAAUCUACAUAACGCUGGUAUUUAUGAGUGAGUAUGUACUGAGAUGAACAAUCAAAAGAGUUCACCUUCUCGCUUAUGUUUUUAAUACCACGAAGCUAUUAAAGAAUGAUUUACACCUGAUGUACAAAACCACCUCUAUGGCAGUCAAAUAAAAGCCUGAAAUAAUAUCAAGUUGGUCCAUUAGAAUAUACAGUAUUGAACACUGAUCAUAAAUCAAAUUGAUCCGAAAUGAGGUGACAUAAAUUCUUGUUUUUGAAGUAAAAAGGUAUGAGAAUUUUAGAGAAACCAACAAAUGUAUGACUAACAUACAUGUGUAUAUGUAUUAAUAAUAGUACUGUUGACAUAAAUAAUAUAAAGACAGUUUCUUCACUAAGUUAUUUUGCACAUUUUUGAGAAUACGUAUGUACAUACUCAGUACUUAAAAAAAAUUAUUAAUGCACUAAUUUUCUCAGCACCGAUUUUCUGUUGCAUUUUUUUAUGUAUAAUAUAUUAAAUUUAUAAUAGUAUGGCAUCUUCUACUGGGUCAUAACUUAAUGUGAUUGUAAAUUUGAUCUCCAAAGCCAGUUAGGCUUAAUGAGUAAUGGUAAAGCAAGUAUGCAAAUGUCCCAAUUGCAAUGUUUUGAUUAAUCGAUCAAUCAUUUUGGACCGCAAUAAUGUAAAUAGUAAAAAAUCUGUAUUUGUAGGUACAGAAGCAAAUUACUUGUUUUACCAUUAUUUAUCUUGUAUAUAAAUCACUGUAUUUUUUUCAUGAACAAGAUAUGUAAGCACCAUCAGACUCCUGAGGGAGCCCGCAUCCUCGACCUGUCUGUGUUAAAUCAUUGUGUGCAAUCAACAUUUUCAAGAUAUACAUAUAUUCUAAAAGUAUGAUGUUCAUAUUAAUACAGUGAUUGAUGUUAAUAUAUAUUUCGUUUAAGUUGUACAGUAAGGCCGAGACAAGUUUUCGCAAUUUUGUAUUUCAGUCGUAUAGGAGAUAGGAGUAUAAACAUAUGUAUUAUGAGUGCCUGCAUCUAAAUCAGUACGAAAAUGACGAAAUGAUGAAGAUUAUUCGUCACUUGAAUUGCUUUAUGUACAGAUACUUAAUUUUCUACGUUAUCAAGUGCAGGUUUAUCAUAUUCACUUGUAUAAAAAUAUUUUUUUAAAUUUUGACUAUAGAAUUUUUUUUGUAAAAAAGUAAACUUUUUUCUAUGAUA